AUGCCACGCUCCUCUACGCCUCCACCCACCUUCCCCUACUACCUCAUCCCCAACUUCUUCACCGCCCGCCGCCGCUCCUCCACCUCCACCACCACAACCACAGCAACCAACCAAUCCGCAACUCCGCCAUCCACCUCCCCUCCCUCCCGCCCAACCUCCUACAUCUCCCGCACCCCCACCUCCCACCUCCGCUGCACCAAAUGCCUCGCCGACCUCGUCCCCGUCUCCAACAUCAUCAGCAAAGGAUUCAACGGCCGCCACGGCCGCGCCUAUCUCGUUUCCGCCUCCCCACCUUCCGCCAUUGGCCUCACGGGGAGCGAUGUCGUCGGUGUAGGCGAUCUGCCGAACACGACUACGCAUAAACCCGUACCGAGACAGCUGGUCACAGGCGCGCAUACGGUUUCCGACAUCAGUUGCCGGGUGUGCCGGAGCGUGUUGGGAUGGAAGUACGUCGAUGCCGAGGAGGAGAGCCAGAAAUACAAAGUCGGCAAGUUUAUCCUGGAAACGAAGAGGGUGGUUAAAGAGGUAGGCUGGGACGGGGAGCACGAGUUUGAUCCGGGGAUGUGUAUGGGGACGGGCAUGGCUGGGCGAGGAGAUGAGGAAGUGGAAUUCGAUAGCCAGGAUGAGGAUGAGUGCGAGGAUCUGUUCUCUGGGUUGUGGAGUCCGGAGUUGGCGAAGGCGAGGCGCCGGAAUAGAUCCUCGGAUGCCAACGGCGCGGAUUUAGUAUCUGGUUGA